ACAAAGUCGCGUGAUAUUGAGAAUGCGUUGAGGAGACUGGCAAAUUAACUAAUUGAACGUUACUUCAGAUAACGCGUUAAUAAUAUAUUCGCAGCUUAGACUGUGAUAAUAAAUCUGUGAACUAAUUUCGAUAGAAUUCAUCUUUAUGCAGUCACCAUGCAGCUUUUCUCGUUACAGAUAGCAAAAUCACCCAUUUUAUUUAUUGAAUAUGAUAUAAGUAGCAGUACAAGUGAUCUCAUUCUUAUUUCAUACCAUUUUAACCGAAACUCAAGGAAAGAUCGCUUGUGCUGAGUAUAGGAAUGGCCACUCGACUUAAUAUUAUUACUAUAUUUCUCUUAUUCAUCAUAGUAUUAACUGUAUCUGUAAGAAAGUCAGAUAAUUCAGUUCAUAAUCGAAAUUAUUAUAUGAAUUCUUCUUCAACAAAUAAUUCGGAAAUGAAUAUAUCAUAUGUUGCACACGGAGAUAAUGCAGAGGUCCAUAUAUUUGUAUAUAACAAAGUAGAUCCGGCAACAAUAUUUUACAGUAAUAAUAUCAGUAUUUCUAUAAAUGAUCUUUCCUUACAACAUACUACUAGUACAAAUAAUAAUACAAAACCUGACACCUCCAGCAUUAAUACAACAAAGUCAUUGUCAGAACUUAAAUGUGAAGAAUAUAAAAAACAUAUCUCAAGUAGAACAGAUGGAUCUUCUUUGAAGGGUACAGAUUCAAAAGAAAAUCAAAUAAUUAAGCACAAACGUGCUCUUAAAAUCAUUGAAGGUAAGGAUGCUCGCUAUGGAGAGUUUCCUCAUAUGGCUGCUCUAGGCAACAUUAAACAUGGAAAAUUUAACCUUAUAUGUGGCGGUACUCUUAUUUCACCAGAAUGGGUACUUACUGCAGCACACUGUUUCAAGACAGGGAAUGAUACAGUUGAGCCUACAGUUGUUCGUAUUGGUCUGAAUAACCUGAAUGAUGAUGAUGGGCAAAGUAUUACAAUUGAUAAGGUUGAAAAUCAUAAAAAUUAUACAAAAACUGUUAAUGACAUAUCGCUUAUAAAGUUAAGUAAAUCUGUAGAUUUUAACAUUGAAAUAAAACCUGCUUGUUUAUAUCAACAUGAUUCUAUACCUGAAGAGACUGAACUUUGGGUCACUGGCUGGGGUGUUACGAAUGUUACACUUCAAGGAUUAAGUGACAAACUACAAAAAGCACGUCUUAUAAUUGUUGAUAACAAAGAUUGUGAAAUGAAGUAUAGUAACAUAGUACAACGACCAUAUAAAAUUCUUUCAAGUAUGAUCUGUGCAGAAGGUCCUAGUGGUUCGCAAAGCGAUACUUGUACUGGAGAUUCGGGAGGUCCUUUACAAGUUGCAUUUAAGAAUGAUAGUGGCUUAUAUCGAGUAUUAGGUAUUACGAGUUUUGGAUUAUUUUGUAGUGUGGUACCUGGUGUGUAUACUAAAGUCUCGCGCUAUCUUGAUUGGAUCGAAAAUAUUGUUUGGCGAUAAAUUUCGUUUUGUAUCAUUAAUAUACACUUUUUUUGCAAAAAUAAAAAACUGUUUAUUUUCCCAGCAAUUAUUUCAACUGAUUUAAACAUUAAAAGUUUAAAAUACAUUUGAUAUAGAUAAUACU